AUGCCAGAUCUAGAUCCAAUUACACUCGAGCAGCUUCAAGCAAUGCCUAAUGAAGUCAAUUCAUAUGUUCAUGUAUUCCAACAAGCAGCACACAUUUUGCAAGAAAAUUUCACUUCAGACUUAAAUUUAGUUAUAAUAAAGGCACGCAGUGAACAACAAUAUACUGUACCUGUUGCAUCAGAAAUUGCUAUUCUUAUAGUAGGAGAUGGUCAAGAAUUUGAACUAUCUAAUCGAGAUAUUAUGCUUCGCAUACAGGGUGAUGAACCUGGAUGGUAUUCUAAUAUUCCUAUAUGCAAUACAGCACAAGUAAAUAGUAAUGAUAUUGAAAAUGAAAAUUUUCAAGAUGAAGACACUAAAUUACGUCGCAUUACAAUGAUACAAUACUAUUCUUAUCGUUUACAAAUAAGACAACUGGAAUCAUUUGUGUUGCAUAGAAGUGGUCGUCUUUUUCAACAAUAUAUAGUUGAUGCAUAUGUCUGUAUUAAGCAGAACCGGCUUAAUUACUUAAAAUAUAAUCAAAAACAAAUUCGUGCUGAAUUGUAUAGUGGAUUACAAAAUGCCCUCUUUGUUCAUGAUGAGCUGCCUCAAAAUGGAUCACGUAUUGGUUAUCGAAUUGUACUUCUAUCCAGCUUUAUUGGAGAAGAAAAAUCUUAUUAUAGUGCAGAUACUUUGGACCAAAAUUCAGAAAUGUAUGAUUCAACUCAAGAGAAUCUAUACUCUAUUGAAUUUUUAAAUUCAUUAAA